GAUAUGAGUCACUUGAUCAGUGUCUUAAUCCUUCUUCUCAAAAUCUACGCGACGAAAUCUUGCGCUGGAAUCUCUCUCAAGACUCAAGAGCUAUAUGCGCUUGUGUUCUUGACUCGGUACUUGGAUCUGUUUACGGAUUAUGUAUCUCUGUACAACAGCGUGAUGAAGAUUGUCUUCAUUGCUAGCUCUUUGGCUAUCGUUUGGUGUAUGCGUAGGCAUCCACUAGUGAGGAGGUCAUACGAUAAGGACCUGGACACAUUUCGUCAUCAAUAUGUUGUGUUAGCAUGUUUUGUUCUGGCACUUAUCCUGAAUGAAAAAUUCACAUUUCAAGAGGUGUUCUGGGCGUUUUCUAUCUACUUAGAGGCAGUUGCUAUCCUUCCCCAGUUGGUUCUGCUACAGAGAAGUGGGAAUGUUGACAAUUUAACUGGGCAAUAUGUUGUCUUUCUCGGGGCGUAUCGUGGACUCUAUAUCAUCAACUGGAUCUAUCGCUAUUUCACAGAAGAUCAUUUCACUAGAUGGAUUGCUUGUGUGUCCGGUCUUGUCCAAACAGCUCUCUACGCGGAUUUUUUCUACUACUACUACAUAAGCUGGAAAACCAACACCAAACUUAAGCUUCCGGCUUGAAAAGAACCCGAAAUUUUUUGCAAUAGUAUCAAUAUCCAGGAAGUUAAAGCAAUGGUGAUUAGUGACAUUAGAAAAGAGAGACAUGGUUUAUAUUUGGUUUCUCCCUCUUUCUAACAAUGAGUUGAAAUUGAAUGAUGCAGGAUUGUUGUUUAAAAUGUCCUUUUUUAGUCUUUUAAUGCACAUUGUAACUUUCCCAACGAUUUUAGACCUU